AUGUCUGCCAGAUUGCGUCAGUUGAGUCGACAUCUGACGACAGAACGUGGCAGAUUGAACCAUCGAGUCGGACUGGAGGCUGAUAAAGAGGAGAAGUGCGACAAAGCUGGGAUGGAGAAGAGUGGAUACGCAAACAAACUAGAGGGCAAACCUCGCGACCAAGAUGCCCACCCGGUCAAUGGGCCAAACGACCUAAGUCGCAGGGACGACUUGCCACAAGGCCUGCAGGUUGAUUUUGAGAAGCCACGGCGACUCGGGGUUUCGCAAAGCCUACAGAGUGGUCUGGACAGCUGGAAGGGCAACCAGGCGAUCUGCUACCCAACUCAUCUGCAGGCCAAUAACACGUCCAAAAGUUCCGGGCAAGUGUCGGAGACCUGGACUAAAAUGAAGGCGACGAGAGAGCGUCCAGUCGGUCUCCACUCCCAGAGGAGUAUCAUGGAUGCCCAGGAGCUUCGAGUGACGCGGAGGCUGCUGCUUGUCUCCAUCGUAUUCUGUCUGCUCAGCAUGCCACUUUUCGUGAACAAUGUGAUCAGAAAUGGAAUCGGGGCCGGUUGUGAAAGGCGCAUUCGAGUGCCACCCUACAGUGACUUAACUGGAAUAUGUCUGACGAUAUUUCAGUGCAACUUCUGCAUAAACUUUCUGCUCUACUGUAUGAUUGGAAAACGCUUUCGUAGGAUGGCUUGGAGAUUAUUAGCAUUCCAGCUAGACGAAUAUCGACGACUUAGUGAUUCUCAGGUGAGGCGAUAA